AUGCGUGGCGAGGCGGGCGCGUUGCCCGCAUGGACUAACAUGGCGUGCAUCGGUCAGUGCUACCCGCACCAGCACCAUUUUCCCGGCUCUGUGGAGGAGGUUGUGGCGUUGAUGCGGCGGCUGCGGCAGACGGGUGAGCGAUGUCGCGUUGCCCGGUGCGCGAAGAGCCCGAAUUCCUGCACCUUCACCGAUGCCCACCUCAUCCACACAGACCGCCUCAACCGCAUCCUUUCCGUGGAUGUCGAGCGGCAGCGAAUUGUCUGUGAAGGCGGGGCGUUGCUGCGGGACGUCUUUGAGAAGUUGAGUGAACACGACCUCAUGCUUCGGUGCGUGCCGUCGUACGUGCUCACGACGGUUGCCGGAGCCAUCGCUACGGCGACGCACGGCAGUGGCAGCAAAACGCGAAGCCUCUCCGACUACGUUGUUAGCAUCGUGCUGGUUGACGGCAGCGGUGAACUUCACACGUUUGAUGCCUCAACUCCCAAGGAGCUUUCCCUGGCGGCCUGCCACCUCGGCAUGCUUGGCGUGGUGGUGCAGGUGACGUUGCAAGCAGAGAGGAAGCGCAUGUGGCGCCUCCGCAGCUCCCCUGUCCCACUCCACACGUUAACGGAGGGAGCGACGCUCGAGCGACGCGUCUCCGACUCUGCGUUUUAUCGCUUCUUUUGGAUGCCCAACACGGACUCUUGCUACGAGUCCAUCGGCACAUGCGUGGAGGCGGCUGCGACGGGGCCUGCGAAGGAGGCUGUUCUCUGUGCCACAACGACUCCCGCAUCCGCAUCGCGGAGACUAACUCAGCUGUUGAAGGCUGCGCAGCACCCACGCGGGGCACCCUUGAACUACCAAGACUGGCUGGAGCUGCAGAAGCAUCCACGCACCCGGCUCUGUAAGGCUCUCAAGGGAAAUUGGCUACGACACGGUGUGGUUGAAGCGGCCCUCGCUGCCGCGACUGCAUUCCCACGGAUACAGCCAUACAUCAACCGCGCCUACAACAAAGUCUACUACUCUGCGCCAGAGGUGCUGUAUGGAACUCCACUUGAGUGUUUCACGUUUGACUGCCUCUUUAAGCAAUGGGCGUGCGAAUGGGCCAUUGAUGCCAGCAAAGCCAUUGAGGCAUUUCGAGUGCUUCGUGAACUUAUUGCGUCGGAGCACCUGAGCGUACAUUUUCCCGUUGAAUUCCGUUUUACAGACGCCGAUAAAACUGCACUUUCACCCGCGUUUGGUCGAAAGACAUGCUGGAUUGGUAUCGUCAUGUAUCGGCCAUAUCUGCGCUACGCAAGGGACACGAUGCGGUACUAUCAGGCAUUCAGCGAUGCCAUGACGGCGCUGGGCGGCAGGCCACACUGGGCGAAGUACUACACCUGGGGACCGUCACAGUUAAAAGAGGCAUACGGGCAGAACUGGGAAGACUUUUUGCGGCUCCGCCAGAAACUUGAUCCCGGCGAUUUGUUUGUAAAUGGCUGGUGGAAGAGUUUGAGCGGGCAGGGGCCGGUGUUCAACAGCACCAUCAGUCGUUUGUGA